AUGCAGCCAGCUCAGGUCUCUGCCUUGGCUGUACCCUUUGUCCUGUUCAUUGUAUUCAGUAUAACUCCUCUGAAUGCACAGUCUCGCCCGGGAAAACCAAAAGUGACCAGCUGCCGGUCGUAUGACAAGGAAACGGUCACUUGCUGGUGGGAGCCGGGGUCGGAUGGAGGACUGCCAACAAACUACAGUGUCCUCUACUGGACGGAGAGAUCGGAAACAGAACAAGAAUGCCCAGACUAUCACACCUCAGGGCCAUACACCUGCUUCUUUGAUAAGACCCAUUCCUCUCUCUGGAUGUACUACUUUGUCUAUGUGAAUGCAACAAAUGCAUUGGGAUUCAAUGUGUCAGAUAUUUAUCGGUUUGAGAUCCGUGAUGUAGUGCAACCGUACCCACCCAGAAAUCUGACCCUUGUCUAUGAACCUGAAAAGUCCAGUCUACCCUAUCUGCUUGUGGCAUGGGUCCCACCUGAGAAGGCUGAUGUGAAAAUGGGCUGGAUCACUCUUCAGUAUGCAGUCCGACUGAAGGAGGAGAAGAAGCAUGUGUGGGAGGAGCAUCUUGUUGAACAUCAAACCAAGCUGAAGUUGUUUAGCUUGACACCUGGAGAGGACUAUGUGGUUCAGGUCCGAUGCAAAGCUGACAGCAAGCAUUGGAGUGAAUGGAGUGAGGAAAGCUAUAUUAAGAUUCCUGGAGGUCCAAGGAAAAGAGACAUGACGCUGUGGAUAUCAAUUGCUGUGCUGUCUGUUAUCAUUUGUCUCACAAUGAUUUGGACAAUGGCAUUGAAAGGAUGCAGUUGGAUGUCCUGUAUAUGUCCUCCUGUUCCUGGACCAAAAAUAAUGGGAUUUGAUACCCAGCUUCCUCAAAGCGGGAAAUCUGAAGACCUGUUGAGUGCCUUUGGCUGUCAAGGAUUUCCUCCAACCUCUGACUGCGAAGACCUCUUGGUGGAGUUUUUAGAGGUGGAUGACAGCAAGGAGCACCUUAUGUCCAGUCCAGAAAGGGACUCACAAAGCCACCAUAAUAAAGUUUCCCCUGUAGACACAGACAAUGACUCUGGAAGAGGGAGCUGUGACAGUCCCUUUGUUCCCUCUGAAGGAAGGAAGGACCAACGGGUCGUCUCUCAGGGUUUCGAGAGUGCUGAAAACAGUACUCCUGAGCCUUCUGCAACUACAUGCCCUUGGCCGCUACAAAAUAAGCUGGAUGCCUCAUUUUCAAACUACAGUGAUAACAGUUCUUUUAAGUGGCCUGAUGGCACUGCAGCGGAUAACCCAUCUCCAAAGUCAUCAUACCACAACAUCACAGAUGUUUGCAAGCUAGCCCUUGGCGCCAUGAAAGUCAACACGCCAGCAUUUCUGAUGCCAAAUGAAGUAAACAGCCAGCAGAGAUACUUUAGAACAAUAGAGACCAUUGGUGAGGAGGGCCGAAACAAGCAGAUUGACUUGGCAAAUUUGCAUUCCAAGGGCAUGGACCCUGAUAUGCUACUUUUACUGGCCAACCAGAAGACUUCUUUCAUACUUCCUCGAGCCAUGGACUAUGUGGAAGUUCAUAAAGUUAACCAAAACAAUGCCCUAGCAUUAAUACCAAAACACAAAGAAAACAGAGGCAAAACAGACCAAUAUUCAGUACUAGUUGCAAACAGGGAAUAUUCAAAAGUGGAAGGGGUAGAGGGAAACAAUGUUUUAGUACUAAUGCCAAAUCCGGACAUUCAGGUCAGCCCUUCCAGUGGUGAAGCUAUGAAGGAGUUUGCUCAAAAGGCCCAACAGAGCCAAGCUGUGGGCUUCAUCAGACCAGCUUACAAUGAAGGUGAUAUGCAUUCUGCUGGGAUGGGGUAUAUGGAUCCCUCAAGUUUUAUGCCUUGA